AUGUCUAAUGAUGCAAAUGCAGAUAGCGAAGAAAUACCAAAUCAUGCGAUCGUUUGGCUCGAUCUGAAUAUAGGAAGACGAGACGAUUAUCAACAAUUGAAAGCUGCCUUUUCAAGUACAGCCGAUCCAAAUCAUGUUAAUCCAGUAAGAUUAAUUGACAAAGAUGAUGAAGAAAUUGGUCGUGCCAUCGGUUUCGAACAAGUCAAUUUUGAAGGCGUAAAAUUUUUAUUAGCAGCAUUUACAAAUGUUGAACGCUGUGUGGAAUUUUUACAAGAUGAAAAAAAGAAAAAUCUUUCUGAUAACAUCUGGCCAAAUGGGACGAGCAAUUUUACCAUUGAUUAA